AUGGAUCCGCUGUCCGGAGAAAGCACAUUCACCUACCACGGACUUCAGAUAACUCGUGAUUCCACUGAACGAGCGAAGAAAAGAAGUUGGGUUUCGGCUCUUUAUGCAUAUUUCAUAAACAUAACGAAGGCCAACAAUGGACCAAAUCCCGAAACCACCGACAUUUAUGCAACAAUGCAUACCUCACCGGAACCUGCUCAAGUUGAUCAAAUAAAGCAGCAGAUUAGGACUUUUCUCCAAGAUUUCAAAUUCUACCGCAACUGUCCGUUUCUCAAAGAUCUUGAGCUUGAAGUCGCUGUCUGGAAUUACUUUCAAAAUCUUGAAUUAGGAGAGACAGAGAAAUCGGUCCGACGAACCCUCCAGAUUUCUGUGACAUUUACCGAACAAGCGUACACAGCGCUUCACUUCAAAGUCAAGGUCGUUUGUGCUAUACAGUCCCUUUACAUGUUUCUAAUUGAUGAUAUCGCGGACAACUUCAUGGAGGAUCUUCAAUAA